GUAGAUUUAUUUGAUAAGAGAAAUAAAUUUCUAACGGAACAAUCACUAGCCGUGGAUACUACAAGCCUACAAUCUGAAGUGUAUGGACAAGAUGUUCAACGUAUUGGAUGGGAAGUUAGUAUUAAGAAGUCCCGAUCAAAUUAUAGACUUGAAAGAAUGAAGACGUAUGAUAAAGCACUGGAAAAGAAUGCUGAUGAGAGUAAACCAAUUGGUGAUUUGUGUGAUAUGGAGAGUAAAUUACACUUUCCGACAGAUGAAAAAUGUUGCUUUUAUUCGUUUAAAUCAAAUUCUAGACAAACACCAUGCUCGUUUACUCACUUUCAAUUGAGACAUAUGAUAGCAGCAACUUCGCCUACUGAUGUAUAUUAUAUGAAUGAUAAUUCAAUUCAUCAUUGGAAUUCUAUAACAAGAACAACUCAACAAGCUGAUGGAAAAUUAUCAAAUUCGAAAGUAUCAAUGGAUCUCAGGAAGGGAAAGGGAAUUGUAAAGGAUUUAACUUAUAUGGAUUCGGAAGCUUCAGGAAUUUUAAUAUCAACACUUAAUGCUAAUUACCCAUAUCUGGUAGCUGGUGGAUUUAAAGGAGAAAUUGUAAUUAUGAAUUUAGAGAAUGAUGGAGAGGUUAUUUACAAUAACCGAAUAUCACACUCUGCCAACUCUAUAACAAAUUAUUUAGAUUUGAAGGGAAAUUCAUUGUUAGUGUCAAGUAAUGAUGGGUUUGUUAGAAAGUUUGAUCUUCCUACAAUGGACAUGAUUUCAGCAGUAUCUUUUGAUUAUUGUAUCAAUAAUUCAGUGACUCAGUCAAAGAAUGGUAAAUUAAUGGCAUGCAUUGGAGAUACUUAUGAAGUUGUUGUUUGUGAUCAGGAGGGAACACCUUCAUCCAUGAUGAAACUUUCUGGGCAUAUGGACUUUAGUUUUGCCAUUGAUUGGAAUCCUGUAAAUGAAUAUCAAUUCACCACAGGAAGUCAAGAUAAAUUGGUUUGUGUUUGGGAUAUCAGAAAGCCAACAGGUCCUGUUCAUACAAUUCCUGGCAUUAUAGGAGCCAUUAGAUCUGUAAGGUAUUCUGAGGAUGGUCAAUUUUUGGCCUCAUCAGAACCAGCAGACUUUGUACAUGUUUAUGAUGUAAAUAGUGAAUUUAGCAGAGAACAUGUUAUAGAUAUUUAUGGAGAAAUUGUUGGUAUUGCAUUCAGUAGGAAUGAUGGUGGACAGAGUCUUUAUAUUGGCAUUUAUGAUAGACAUUUUAGAUCACUCAUGGAAUUAUCGAGA